AUGCAAGGAACGGAAACUGUACGAUUUUUUAAACAUUGGUUUGGUAUACAAUUGAAUGGUGUAUUUUGGGAAUUUAUACGUCCAUGGAUUUUAUUUAUCAUUGUGAAUGAUAUUGUAAUUAUCACUACAUCAAUUUAUGCAUUGACUACAUUGAAUCAUAUUCAAGUGAAAUAUGAACCAUUGACUUAUUUAAUGGGUAUUGGUGCAUUACUUGUUUGGAUUGGUAUUCUGUAUUAUGUUGGCUUCUCAUAUGACAAUAGUCUUCUCAUCCGUACUAUAUCACAUUCUAUUCCAGGAUUAUUACGUUUUUGUGUUUGUGCGCUAAUUUUAUUCUUUGCAUUCAGUUUAUGCGGUUGGGUUGUAUUAGGACCGUAUAAUUUAAAAUUUCGUACAUUUAUAUCGACAGUGGAAUGUUUAUAUAGUUUAAUUAAUGGUGAUGAUAUGUUUGUCACUUUUAGUAUUAUUAAUGAAAAUGCACCAAUUGGAAUUUAUUUAUUUAGUCGAUUGUUUUUAUAUAUUUUUAUUACAUUAUUUAUAUAUGUUGUAUUGAAUUUAUUUGUCACAAUUAUAUUUGAAGCAUAUGAAGAAGUGAAAAAUAUGCAAACAACACAUGGACGUUCAUUGCAUACCGACUCACCAUUAUGGCAUUUUAUUUGUCAACAAUCUUAUAAUCCCAAAUCAACUAUAUUUAAAGAAGAUGAAUUACGACCAGAUCGUCAUUUACUGCAUAAACAUGCUGUUGGUUGUCGACUGGCCACAACAACAACGACCACAACAUCCUCCUCUUCCACAUCAUCUCUACUAAAACAUCCAAUCAAACAUUCCUCUUGCAAAUUCUCAUCUAUACGUAAAUAUUUAAGGCAUAAAACUUCUUUAAUGAAUAAUCAUCAUACAGAAUGCCAUUCACAUCAACAAAAAACAAGCUCUUGUUGUUGUCAUUCUAGUCGGCGACGAUGUUGUUGUAGUCAGUCACAACCUCAGUCACAAUCACAACCUCAGCAGCAGCAACAGCAACCUCAGCAGAAUUCAACAAAUCAUUCUAUUAUAAUUGAACAACAUUCUCCACUCAUAACAAUUGCUACAACUUAUUCCGAUAAUAAUAUUGUUGAACACGAAAAUAAUAAUGAUUAUGUUGAGAAACAACACCAAGAACACCACCAACAAGAAGAAGAAUUGAAUGAAUCGAUGUGCACUCACGAUAAAUAA